AUGGGUAUGAAUGUGAGCGUCACUUAUCGAGAGGAAGGCAAGGGCUCACUGCUGAAAUACGAGGGCAUCAUGGCCGACCGCCGCAUUGGCGGCACUGACCGAGAGUCCUAUAUUGAGCUGAAGAACACCAUCUUGAUUGGAAAAGAGAAUGAAGUUGUGGCUACAGAAGGUGUCAAGAGGUUCUACGACGCCUGGAUUGAAGACAUGGACCAGGCAGAAAAGAGGUUGCCUCAAGAAAUCACCACGGCACAAGCCGCAGCGGCUGCACGGCGAACGGUCGGGGCACCUGGAAACAGGAAACGCUUGGAGGUGCCCGUUGUGGCAUCGAUUUGGCUCGCGGGAGGAGGCCCACAAAAGAUGUUUAAACAACACGGAGAUUCGGAGGGCUCUGACUGCACAAAGCGAACCACGAAAAAAGGGUCUUUGCACUUCGGACGGCUGCCCCAAAAAAGCGUCGUACUUCGGACCAAGAGCCUGGGUCCGCGCCAGGCCGCUCCACCGCGACCAGAGCGAAGCUCCUUGGACUUGCCAAGUUGUGUACAUCUAAGGCCCUUUGGCUGUGGGUCACAACCCUGUAACACUGGUUUUGACCUACAGCCAUACCGUUUCAAUCGGUUGGUUUCUUCUUGUCUCGCUUUGGUGUGUUCGAGCAGCUUUGAGGGCCCAUUGUCUGGGCUUAGCAACCAUCCCCCGUCGAGACUUCAAGUUGCCAAGGCAGCUGUGGCUUAG